GGUCUAGUGCCUGGCCGAUUUCGUCAUCUCUCAGCGACACUGUUUACCACCACAGCUAUGGCCCCCAUAGACAUAUAUCUAUCUAUCUAUCUAUCUAUCUAUCUAUGUAUGUCUAUGAUGGCCCCUACCAUAAAUAUACAAUGAGCUAGUGAGUUGGCUAAAGACAAGGGAAUAUGUAGGUUACUCUAUGCGUUUUGUCAUGAUGACAGUUACAACGAAGCUUCUAAAUUUGGGAGCUUCUCAUUUAUGGGUUGUAUAAUUUAAUGCCUUCCAUGCCUUCCAAAAUUUCACAUGUCUGUACCAACUGUCUUCCCAAGUGCUUUGAGAUUUAUCCGCUAAUGUUAACUCUUUGAACAUGAAUGGAAAGUUAUGGAGACAAGUUUUUCCAAAAACAAAGAAUUGAAGGCUAAAGACUGUGCCCUCGGCGACAUUUUUGAGCUGCUGCAAAUUGAUGUGGACUUGGAACCGACCUCGGCCAAUGGAGUGGACAUGAAUUGUUCUAGAAACGUUUUGCGAAAGCAUCGAAAUUGGGAAAAGAGGCUGGAUGCAAAAAAGACGAAGAGAAAAGAAGAAAAGCAAAGAAGAAAACAGAGUCAGACUGUGGAGAAAGACACUUUGCGGCUCAGCAAACGAGUUAUCAAGGCGAUCACCAGAGAACGCUUGGCAGAAGCCAGAUUAUCAGGACCGAGGCUGUGCGUGGACCUCAGUAUGGCUGAUUGCAUGUCCCGCAAGGUGUGUUUUUUAUUUUUUUUAGAUAACAACUUUGAAUUCAUUUUGAUGGAGCUGAGUCGAUUGGCGGGGCAAAUCCGCAGGCUUUACGGAAGCAACCGGAAUGCCCUGCGUCCAUUUCACCUGUACCUGACAGAGUUCCGCCUGGACAGCCGGCUGUACACUGAAUGCGUGCGAAUGAACGACGGCUUCCAUGAGUAUGCGAUGGAGAUGACAGAGCAGAGUUGGCUGCAUUUGUUUCCAGUGGAGGACGUGGUUUAUUUGACCCCAGAUGCAGAGCAAGCCCUGGAGAAUGUGGAUGAUGAAACAGUCUACAUCCUUGGAGGUCUGGUGGAUGAGAGCAUACAGAAGCCAGCACGUAGGCUCUCUCCCUUGUUUUUCAACACGGGAGGUCAGGAAGGGUCACAGGAAACCAAACUGUGGGUAGGAAGAGGAAGAGGAGGAGGAAGAGGAGGAGAGGAAGAGCAGGAGGAAGAGAACUGUGUGCAAGACCACCACCACGACCGCCUGAGGUUUGGCACCGUGCCUCCAUAUGCUCUUUUUGGGAGUUAAUGUUCCGUGGAAGGUUAUAGGAAAGAUGGAUUCUGCUUUAGAUGGAAGACAGAUGGACAAAACACCGCUGAGAGAGACGCAGUACAUGCUCAGUUUACUCACGGGCUACUGGGCAGGUGAUAUUUCUCAAAUCUUUUUUUGGGGGUGUUUAACGUCUACCCAGAGGAUUAAAUGUUUAAAGCGGUUUUUUCCUGUUAUUCAUUGUGGAAGGUAAACAGUCCAGUCCGUUCGAAGUUCGAAACUGCGUUGGGUGCUCUGUGUCCUGCGAGGUUGUUUGUAUUCUGGCACAGAGUACUGAGUUGCUUGGAAAGGGCUGUGUGAGUCCCAUUAUUCUGAAUGGGGAAAGAGCCAUUGACACAACAUACCAAACACAAGUGCCAAAAGACAGCUAAUGCAUCUGUAAACAUGGGAGGAGGUAAACAGGGUGCUCAGGAUUACGUUGCUGCGUGAUUGAUUUCACAUACUCAAAUUGUGAUGAAUUAAGUGUCAGGAAAUGCACUAUGGGGUGAGUGUCAGGGAAAUGUGCAACAACACCAAAGUGCUUCAUUUACUCCUGCAAAAGCAGCUGGGUUAGUGAUAUUCCUCUAUCUUUUGUUUGGUAUUUGGCAAAAGUUGUUGUAUUCAGAGUGUCCUUAUCUCAGGGCUGAUCCAGGCAAGAGCUCUGGGUUAGUGUUAGUGCUCAGAGGUGGAGGAAACCUGCUCUCUGAUUUAUGUUGACACGUUGUAUUCAACUGAUAUACAGAGAAGGACUUGCACGACAGCACCAUCAAACGACCGCAAGUGGAAAAUUACUAAAGUUGAAGUUUAAUGUUAAGGCGGUUGGCAGCUUGUGAAGCCAAAGUCUGUAUUGUGAUUUAAAAAAAAAAAAUCUUCUGAAUGACUUUGAUUCUGAAAGAUGAGAUGAGACCAUAUAUAUUUCUUCCAACAACUUAUGCUUCCAGAGCCAGAGGUCAUUUGGGAUAAGGUCAGAGCCAGAGGUCAUUUGGGAUAAGGUCAGAGGUCAUUUGGGAUAAGGUCAGAGGUCAUUUGGGAUAAGGUCAGGGGUCAUUUGGGAUAAGGUCAGAGGUCAUUUGGGAUAAGGUCAGGGGUCAUUUGGGAUAAGGUCAGAGGUCAUUUGGGAUAAGGUCAGAGGUCAUUUGGGAUAAGGUCAGGGGUCAUUUGGGAUAAGGUCAGAGCCCAGAGGUCAUUUGGGAUAAGGUCAGAGGUCAUUUGGGAUAAGGUCAAGGGCCUUAAAGGCAUCUGCAGAUACAUAGAUAUUACUGCAUCAUUAAGCUUUUUAGUUUUUCUUAGUAAGUUGAUUUUUUUUGACGAUUCAAGAACCCCGAUUUGUAUCUGAAUCGAUUUCCCCUUCACCCCUACACUAAACUGAUUAUGUAGUUUGAUUUUGACUUGCAUGCUUUGUAAUGUUUAGCCAUGUUUUCUCGUAAAUCAGUGACUUGUAGCUAUUGUCCCACUCAUGUGAAAAAUAUGUUCUGUAGUUCUGUAAUAGUAAUAAAAGUAGGAAUUCUCUAGUUCUGUAAACAAUAACAACAACAACAAUAACAAUAACAACUGACUACUCGA